AUGUUACGAGUUGUGGCGCCGUUUCUGGCACCGAUCACUUAUUGUUACUUUCAAUUUGUACAUUUCGUAUUCUGGUUAUAUAAUUACUUGUUCAAAGCGCGAUUAGCAGUACCAAGACCAGCUCCAGACGAUGUAGAUCAACUAUUGUUAAUAUCAGCAGCUCAGGCGGCCGAAAUGAUACGAAAACGAGAGGUAAUAUACUUAUUCGAAAGAGAAAGAUAGUUUAUUCACUUUCUAUUUUUACUGUGAUGAUGCUGAAGUAAGGACACAAAUUAUUAAGAUAAUUUAUAAAUUAAUUUUGUGAUAGCUGCUACUUAUUAUUUAUUGUUAUUAAAAAUAAUUUUUCAGAUCUCAGCAGUACAGUUAAUCGAUGUUUAUAUUCGAAGAAUUGAGUUGGUGAAUCCGUAUCUCAAUGCUGUAGUACAACAGAACUUCGAAGAAGCUUUAGACGAAGCCAAGAAGAUCGAUGACUGGCUUAUUAACGUUGAUGUAGAGUCUGAAGAGUAUAAGGUAAACUUUAAACUUUUACUUUUUAAAUUCUUUAACUAGUUAUGAAUUUUUGGCAACAGUUACAGGUUUUAAAUGUUUUUGGUUAUAUAGUAAAAGAGUAUGUAGAAUAAUAUCAUUUUUAGUCGCUCGCAGAUACGAAACCUCUAUUGGGUGUCCCAUUUACAGUAAAGGACAGCAUCCGAAUAAAAGGUCAUGUCAGCACAGCCGGUAUUCCAGCACUGUCAGAGGCUGAUCCGAAUCCAGAAGAUGCUGCUGUGGUCACUCUCUUAAAGGCAUCUGGAGCGAUUCCUUUGGCUGUAACCAAUGUCCCUGAGGCAUGUUUGUGGUGGCAGUCGUGUAAUGGAGUCUACGGUCAAACCAACAGUCCGUACGAUUCGAGAAGAGGUGUGGGAGGCAGCUCAGGAGGCGAAGGAUGUUUAAUAUCAGCUGCUGGAUCUGUGGUUGGAGUUGGGUCAGAUAUUGGCGGAUCUGUCCGGAUCCCAGCCUUUUUCAAUGGAGUUUUUGGAUUGAAGCCGACGCCAGGACUCAUUCCUACCAAAGGUCACAUUCCAGAUCACUUUUAUGGGUAUCAAGAGGAGAUGUUCUCUAUUGGACCCAUUUGCAGAUAUGCCAGGGAUUUGUCACUUAUGUUAAAGGUAAGCAUUUCAAGAAGAUUGGGUAGGGAUAAAUCAAUUUUUAAUGUCAAUUGUAGUAUUUAUGUCGUUUGUAUAGUUUUGAAGUCCAAAAUGACCUUUGAUGACAAUAUAAGGUGCUUUCAAUGUUUUUAGGUAAUGGUAGGGCCUGACGCAACAGAACGUCUUCAGCUGAACCGCCAAAUCAAGCUUCAACGUACUCGAGUGUUCUUCAUGAAUGGCCUGAACACGUUGAUUGCAUCGCCAGUACAUUCUGAUUGUUCUAGAGCUUUGAAGAAGGCUGUCAAGUACUUCGAGAAGAAGUACGAUAUCCACGCUUACAAUGUCAACUUCCCUAUAACUCAUCAUGCUCUCGACAUCUGGCUCACAUCAAUGCACAGUACUAAACAACGAUUUGCUGAUGUUUUGGCUGGCUACAAGGUACGUUUAAGUUGAGGUUGUAUCAAAGGUGUGGAAAGUUAAUAUAAGAUUUUAUUAUUAUAUAAAUGGCGCAAAUACGUGUAAUCUACUCUAGUUAUAUCUCUUUUGGUACUAAAAAGUGUAUUUUUAGGAGAAUUCUGGAUUCAAUCCACUGCUGCAGAUGUUGUACUACUUUAUGGGCAACUCCAAACACAUGUUCAUGUCAUUAUUGACGGCGUUUCUGGACGAUCAUUUGACUAAUGUGAAACGGGAUCGGGACUUUGUAAGUUCAUUAAUUUGGAUGACUAAUGACAAACAUAAUGUUGGCAUCGACUCAUAUUUUUACUAUGUUUUUUGGUCCAUAGCCAACCUUUUUUAAAUUAGACUGAAGAUUGUUGUAGCUAAUAUUAUUAUUUAUAAUAUUUAUAAUAUUUUUGACUGAAUUUUGAACCUACAGGUACACAGUAAAAGGGAUCAGUUGAGAAGAGAGGUCGUGAACUUGUUAGGUCAAGAUGGAAUCCUGAUCUUCCCCGGCUUUCCUCGCCCAGCCUACUUCCACAAUGAAUCUGUCUUUACUCCGUUUGACUACCAGUAUACAGCUCUGUGGAAUGCUGUAGGUCUACCGGUAGUAACAUGCCCUAUGGGAUUAAACUCGAAUGGAUUACCGGUCGGAGUUCAGAUCGUUGGUGGAGAGGAUUCAGAAGCGCUGUUGAUUGCUGUAGCACAAGAUCUGGAGGAAGGAUUCGGGGGAUGGAAAGCUCCUGUGUUUGGUUAA